CAUGUCAAAACAAAAUAUUUGGAAAAGAAAACAUACUAGAACAAAAAGUGACAUUUUUAUAAUUUUUCGUUAGAAUGUAUAGUUAUGAUUAAUAAGUGGAAUGAAAAACAUUUGGAUUUUAUGGGCAGAAAAAAUAUGUUGGUUCUGUGGUUUUAAUGGAGGAAUAAUUUCAGUUAUAUGAAUAUAUUACGAUUUCCAGACUAUGGAGUCAUUACCAAAAACAUUAAUUGAGGUUUUAAACUCUGCUAUGAAAGAAAAUCAGAAUCUGUCAUGGAGAAUUCAUGGCAUGGAGGACAAAGUUAUUAUGAAUUUAAUGUGGAGUACAAAAACUAAUUGUUCAAAAGACGGAUUUGCAAACAAAAUCCUGGAAAAUUCAUUGUCGUCCGUAGAUGAUGGCUAUACAACUCUUAGGAGUGAAAAUAGUUCACAAACUAUUUGCAAUUCUGUAUUGCCUGUCAAAAAUGUUAAAAUAUCUUAUGCUCCAAAGGAUGAUAGGAAUAAAAGUAGUGAUCACAUAGGAAUGUACCAGAGUGAUCUUAAAUUGUUAGAUGAAUUGAACAGUUCUGAUGUAAGUAGACCAAAGGAAGGACCUAAGGAGGGACGUAAACAAUUACCACCAAUCCCUGAUUCAGAGGAAGAUAUGGCGGGUACACAGAAACAGAUCAAAACGGGUAUUCAUGGAUUUGAAAACUUCAAGUUAGAAUACUCACUGAUGGCUGAGUAUAAAUUGUUGAUGCAGCAGAAAAUUCCAGGGUGCUAUUUGAUGCCAUCAGCUUUAUCACCUCUUAUUUGGUAUGGUAUAUUGUUUAUGAGACAAGGCCUGUACCAGGAAGGUGUAUUCAGAUUUAAAUUAACAAUUCCAGAUAAUUUCCCUGAUGGGGAAUGCCCUAGUCUAGUCUUUGAUUUUCCUGUCUUUCAUCCUUUAGUGGAUCCUUCUACUGGGGAACUUGAUGUAAAAAGAGCUUUUCCAAAAUGGAGGAAGAACAAUAACCAUGUAUGGCAGGUGCUGUUGUAUGCUAGAAGAUGUUUUUAUAAAAUAGAUACAAAAUUGCCAUGGAAUCCAGAAGCUUCUGUAUUAUAUGAAGAAGAUACAGAUUUGUUCAAGAAAAAAGUGUUGGAAACAGUUGCUGUAAGCAAAGACAAAUCUAAAGAACCUGUUAAAUCAGAUGACCCUCAUACAAUAAGAUAUACACCAUGGGACCCAAAUAUACAUGAAGACGCCAGAAAACAAAUGAUUAAACCUAAGGUAAAUACAGUCAAAAGGUAGUGAGAGUCAAACGUCAACAAGGACAAAUGGUCUGUCAUGGAUGAAGAAUGGAAGUUUACAGAUAUUAUCCAGAGAAGAUUCUGGCCUUGCGUGAUAGAAAAGUCUAAUCUUAUGCAUUCAUGUGUUCAUAUUGAUUUUGUUAGACAUUUAAUUUAUCCCAUGAAAUAAUAAAACUGUAAAAAUGUGAUUACAAGAGACAAAAACUAAUGUUGUGCUAUAAAAUAGGUUUUUACAAUUGUGAAGUAAAUUUUGUAAGCAUUUGCUCUAAUGCAUUGAAUAUUGCUAUCUGGAAGAAAGUUGUCUUAAGGAAGGUUGUUCUAAUCUAUAUAUGUAUUACUGCCAAUUAAUCUUUAUCAAUUGCAUCAGCUUUGAUAAAAGAAAAAGGAUUAAUAUAUUAGAUAUAUGUGUAUAUACCUCUACACUACGUGCUUGUUGAGUAUGGACAUAUUAUGUUGUACUGCUGUUGAACCAUCCAUAUAAACUUAAAGAUAAACUUAAAAUUUUUCUUUUUACCAAAUCUUAUAAUAGCAUAGUUAGCAUUAGCUUAGAAUUUAUGAUCAUUUUGCUUUGACUAAAUCUUAAUUGUUUCACAAUAAUGAUAAGAUUUAGCUCCCUUUCAGUUUGAUAUGUUUCACUAAUUUUGUGCCAUUGUUGCAGAACCCAAUUUGUGAAAAAAAAAUUGACCCUUUUUCAUAUUUUACACAAGAACUCAGCUUUUACUUAUUUUUUUUAUUUUUUUUGGUAAGUUAUUUUAUAAUUUAUUGGGUAAGUGGGUGUUUGUAUGCUUCUGAUGCAGUUGUCUAUUUAUUUGAAUUGUUACUUAAAAGUCAUGAUGGACAAAUGUUUUAUUUUUGAUGAAUCCGAUUUCCAGCAUUGAUUUCAAAAUGUAAAUGUGGUUUACAUAAGAGAUGGAUUUUUAUCCCAUUCCUUUACUGACCAUAGCUUUUAACUCAACUGGCCCAAAGGACUAAUGAGUGUUGCAAUCACUUGAUUCCAUUUCCUAUUCAUUAUGGCCUUUUUUAUGCUCCACUCUUAAGCCAAUUGUUGGAAGAUCAUCUAGAUUUGUCGAUUUUUCAAUCUGUAUGUGCAUUAGUCUUGAUUUGGUUAAAUUCUUUUUGUAGUUCCUUUUACAGAAACAUGUGAAUAUGCAUGUCGACUCAAUGUAAUUUGUUAUUGAUAUGACAGUGGUCAACAAAAUUUGAGUCAUCUCAAUAUACUUUUCAUGCAUAAGUGCCAUUUAUAAGUGUUUAGUUUGUUCAGUUCAGAAACAAAUAAUGAUGUAUUGGGGAUAUUUCAGUAUAUUAUAACAUUUCCUUUAUAGACUUAUUAAAUACAGUACAUUUCUAUUACAAAGUGAUCAUAACAAAUCAGCCACACAUACGAUUGGUUUAGUUUAAGUUUAGGUUCAAAUUUCAAAAAUAUAUUUGAGUUUACCGGUAAGCCAAAGACAUAUAUACUAAUACUAUUUAGUAUAUAUGUCUCUGGGUAAGCCAAUGAAUUCUUACAUCUGUAACACACUUCUGUGACAUUUGAACCACCAUAUUGACACUUUAUACAUUCAAGUAUAAUUUGGUUAAAAUUCGCCACAUAGCACAGUGAGGAUCUAAAUUUGUAACAUACUAGAAAAUUAGAUUGUAAUGAUAUAAAUUUUCAUAGCCCCAAUUAAUUUCUGAAAAGGAUGUCAUACCCUAUAUGAUUAUAUUUGUGAUAGCCUCAGAUUUUCAGUCAACUGCAAAUUUUGCACUUUUCAAAUUGGUCCAUAUCUCAGAUGGUUGAUAUUUCACUGCCACAUCACUCUUAUAGUGUAAGAGGGUCUCCUUGACCUUCAUUAUUAAAACAUUUGUGAAAUGAAGGUACCUAAAAUUAUAUAACAGGAUGCCUUAUAACAUGUCAGUUGAGACAUGGCUGUGAGGAGAAAUCUAAAUCGUGCAAGUUAGCAAUGGACCUCUUUUUUGUGAUCAAUAGGUUAAAAAAAACAUUCCAUAUAAAAUGUAAUUUCAAUAUUUGAAUGUGUGAUUUGUGUGACAUACCCUGAAAUUUUGUGUACAUAUAAAACAACAUUAAAAUUAUAUAAAAUAUAUAUUCUAGUCUUGUGUAAGUUGUGGACAUUAUUUUAAUGGGCUUUAAAUCCUAAAACUGAAUAAGUUUUGUCAGUAACAAUAAUAGAGCAACAAAGUCUUCAAUCUGAUGAAGUGUGCUUUAUAGUGCAAAACUUUCGCUGAAAAUGAAAAUGCAUUAAUUAUUUUUUGUAGGCCUUAGGGCUUUACGUCUCAGAGUUUAUUCAAUAUACUACAUUUUUUAUUCUCUUGGUUUUGUAUUUUAAAGGACCUGUAAACUGUAUAUUUAGAAAUAUCAUACCGCACUAGGAUUUGUCCUCAAUGGGCUUAAAUGGUGUUCUUUUGGUGCUCUGAUUUAUCUCUCACUAAAUUACAAAAUAUUCUUUUUAAAUAUUAUUGUUUUAAUUCUUUACAGCAUAUGGUUGUAUGCUUGCCAAAAGUGAGAUAUCGAUGAUUACGUAAAUAAUAUGUGGUGACUUUAAUAUUGAUUAAAAAAAUGUGUUAUUAGAAUAGACACCAAAUUUUGGAGAGAAGGUAAAUAUUUUAGUUUACUUAUACAGCAUGCAUGAAACAAGAUUUUUAAUAUUCAAGGGUGAGAAAUAAUUAAUGUUUUACCAGAUGUUACUUUAUUAUUACAUGUAUAUCAAUGUAAGACAUUCUUAUACUCUGAAUGAAAUAUUAUGAUUAUUGUUGACAAUAAAGAUGAUCUUUAAAAUUCA